AUGUGUCCCUCCGACUCUCGCCGGAAACACCCGCCGCCGCGCCGGAGAACAGAGAGGAGGAGGGGGGGAGCAGGAUUUGCAGGAGCGAGGUGGCGGUGGGAGGAGGCAGCGGCGGCGAGAGGGGCCUAA